AUGAGUAAUGUAUCUGGUACAGUUCUGUAUUUUUCACUGUCUGGCUUCAGCACAACAACCAACUGCAGAGCUGUGCUCUUCUCUCUGACUUUGCUAUGCUAUUUUCUUAUUGUCUUUGUGAAUAUGUCUCUCAUUUUAACCAUAAUAUUCGAUCGAAACCUCCAUGAACCCAUGUAUAUAUUUUUGGGGUUUUUGUGUUUUAAUGGACUUUAUGGAGCUGCAGGAUUUUACCCCAAAUUUGCCUUUGAUCUGCUGUCUGACAUCCAGGUGAUUUCAUAUGUGGGAUGCCUGUUGCAAGUUUUUGUGAUUUAUUCCAAUGCAAAGGUGGACUACUCCAUAUUGGUGGUGAUGGCCUACGACAGAUAUGUGGCCAUAUGCCGACCCCUGGAGUACCACUCUGUCAUGUCUGUGAGGAAGACCGUGGUGUUAGUGAGUCUGUCCUGGAUUUUUCCUCUCUGCUCUCUAACUAUCAUCAUAACCUUAACUUCAAGACUCAAACUGUGCGGCUCACAAAUCGACAAACUUUACUGUGAGAACUGGUCCCUGGUUAAACUUGCGUGUGGUUCAACGACAGCAAACGAUGUAUUUGGACUUAUUGCCAUAUCCUUUUAUUUAGGUCAUGCUUUGUUCAUUACGCUGUCGUACACACAGCUCGUAAAGGCAGCUUUAAACUCCAAGGAAGGCAGGAGGAAGUUUAUUCAGACGUGUGUGCCUCAUUUAUUUUGUCUCUUUAAUGUCACAACUGCUCUGCUUUUCGAUGUAAUGUACUCCAGGUAUGGAUCAGCAUCUAUGACGCAGAAUUUAAAGAACUUCAUGGCCGUUCAGUUCCUGAUUUUUCCACCGAUUAUGAACCCUGUUAUUUAUGGACUGAUCCUGACAAAAAUUCGAAACCGAAUGAUAUAUUUGUGCAUGACAGCGGAGGCUAUCGGACCACCUCUGGAGCCUCCGCAUAUGCAGGAGGCCCAGGCGCACCACCGGGUGGGCCGCCGCCAUCAUGCCCAGUGCAACCCUCACUUGGUGGACUCGCACCAAGGGACAUGUCACCAGAAUCCACAGCAGAGACAGAAGUACACCUCCUUUAUUGUGCCUCUGUGCAAGAGAGAGGACACCUCCUCCAUGAACGUGGCCGUCCCGGAGGGGCAACCGAGCUACGUGCGGAGGAUGCCACAGAAUGGGGGGGGGCAUGCAAACUGCAGGGCACACACCGGCCCGCCCGCCGUCUCGGAGCACAGACGCGGGGGGCCUCCCUCGAAAGGGCCGUGCACGGCCUGGAUGGUGGGAGGAGAAGCCAGGUGCCCUGCCAACCCCUGCCAAAACGUGGUGACCAAUGCAGACGAAGCGGCCGUGAAUUCAAACCGCGUCGAGCCAGCAGCGCUGUGA